AUGAAUACCCCAACCCAUGAUGAUGAUAACAGCCUAUCCAUUCUUUCCGAAGAAGGAGCUCAUGGUACCGAGCAUGUCAUAUCGAUGAAUUCUACGACGACAAAACACAGCACCAUGAUGACGUCGCAGAAAGUAAGCGAGAGAAGUAACAGUUCAACCACUGCAAGUUCCAACCCUUCCUCCUCCUCUCCAUUCUAUUCCAUUCUCAAACCGUUGGGUAAAGGAGCGAGUGGAAAUGUUGUCCUUGCAGUGAUGAAUCAAAAGAAAGUGGCCAUUAAACAAAUUAUGUGUCGGAAUGAACGUGAUUUAAAUUUUGCAAUGAAGGAAGCAUGGCCCUUGAGAAAUUUGAGUCAUGAAAAUUUAUGCUCCAUGGAUGAUGUUUUUGUGGAGAAAAUUCUGUUAAAUGGCAUUGAAUGUUUUAAUGUAAAUUUAGUAAUGAAAUAUUUCAAAGAAGGAGAUUUGAGCGUGUUUUUAAAAAAGAGAUGUACCAAAGAUGGCAAACAAUUUCUCACACAAGAGGAAGCUCUUUCGUUCAUGAGACAACUGGCAUGUGGCCUUAAUUAUUUACAUUCCAAAAAUUUAAUGCAUAGAGAUUUGAAACCACAAAAUAUAUUUGUUUCAAAAGAAAAACUUAAAAUAGGAGAUUUUGGCUUGAUGAAAGAAAUGCAAAAUUCCUUUACGUAUACUGUGACAGGCACUUUGAAAUAUUUAGCUCCAGAAAUUUUGAAUCAACAACCUUAUACCUACAGUGCUGACAUUUUCUCAUUGGGAUGUAUUUAUUUUGAAAUGUGUACAUUAUUACUGAACAACAGAACUCUCAACGUUGAAGUAUUCAGAAAUAAGAAUUUCAGUGAAGAUUUACUAAACCAAUUGAACAAACAAUUUUCACACGUAGUUUCGCCUGACAUGGCUCGUCUCAUUACCAAAAUGCUUGAUAUUGAUCCUAAAAAGAGACCUACUGCACAACUACUCGUGACAAUACUCGACGAACUCUCGAAGGGAAAUUCAUGGAAUUUUUCGGACGUGUCUGGAAUUUCACAGCAUCACCAGAACGUGUUGCAAGAAGACGGCUCCUCUUCCACUACUCCCUCAACACCUCCUCCACCACGAUCCAGACGAGUAGCUUUGGCCAUCUCUAAAAUGGCUCUCACACCACUUCAAAAAUUAUUGUAUGGAGCUGGUGUGAGUAUGUUACGGAUGGAACCAAGCGUUUAUGCGGACUAUGAUGGAGUUGAAAAUAAUUUAGCAAGUUAUGGAAUUGAUAUGGAAAGUAUGACGAUUAAGAAUGAAAACACUAACAACCUUUCAUUUAGUGUUUCCACACGUAUUGAGGAAAUUGAAGAAUUGGAUUCCUCCUCGUUGGACACGGAAUCCAAGUUGAUACGUUCAUUUACUUUGAAUCAGUGGUUACUUAUUCUCACCUCUCCGUGUAUCCAUCGUUUGCCACUCUUUCCAUGCAUGCCCACAAAGAAAACGAAGGAAAGUUUUAUAGAUGCGACCUUAAUGACCUAUUCAUGGUACAUGACUCCUCAAUCACUGUUGAAAAAGUGUUUUGAAUUGGUACAUGACAUUCCUGAUCAGUUUUUUGAGGAAUUUUUAUUUAAGAGCGAAAGUGGUGAUUAUGACAGCUCAGCAUUGUUGACAAUAUUUGAGAAUGACUUUCAAUUAGAGAAUGAAACCUUCCCCUAUUGGAAGUAUUGCCGCUCUAUCGGUGAAUAUAGACUUUUCUCAGUGAUUGAAUUCAUUACAAAGUGGUUAAAAAAUCGAAUUUCAGAAUGGACCAGUAACAUGUUUGAAUUUUUACAACAUCUUUCCAAAGAAGCGUAUGAAAAAAGAGGAUAUCUCUCAAUGUCUGAUUCUCUCUUCUCUAUAUGCUCACAAGCACAAAGUCUGCAAUUGAAUGGUAGUGAAACUCCAUUUCAUGUUGAUCAAGUCAUGUUGGAAGCGUGUGAAAACUUUAGAUUAGAACAAUUGAAAAAACUUGAAGAAGAAUCUGAUGACGAUCCAACCUUUGAGAAGGACGCUUCACCUGAAAAGAGGAGACUUUUAGAUCCUGUUUCUGUUUUCACUCCUCAAAAAAUUAUUGCUCCACAACCUAUAAUCUCUGGCGCUAUGUUUCUCAGCGGAUUUACUUGGCAGGCUGUAGACACCAUAGAAUUAGCUCGUCAAUUAACUCUUAGAGAUUAUGACUAUUUUAAGGCAAUUUCAAUUGAAGAAUUUGAGUUGUGGGAGAAGAGAAAGACUUUACACGAGCAUUCCAAUGCUCGGGAAUGUCACAAAAUUAUGGAGAUGAAACGAAUUUCAGAUUUUUCAACCUCCAUGUUUGUUUCCUCAGUAUUAAGUCAAGUGUAUUUGAAGCAUAGAAAAAAAACACUUUCAAAAAUGUUGGAGCUAUGUGUGGAAUUAUUCUCUAUGAAUAACUAUUUUGGAGUGAAUUAUUUAAUGAGUGCCAUUCAUCAUCCAAGUGUCGACCGAUUGGAAUUCACUAAAAAGGAAGUCGAUCAAAAGAAAUGGACACAAUAUGAAAAAGUUUUUAAAUCCAUGAAAUAUGAGUAUUUGAGGCUUUCUAUUCAUGCAGUGAGGAAUGAAAUAUUUUCAAUUCCCCAUAUGGAUAUUCAUGUCAAUGACGUGAUUCUUCUGAAUGAGCAAAUGCCAGAUAUCAUGGCUAUCUCAGAAAGUAGUUCUGAUGAUAAUGAAAAAAACACAUCAAGUACUUGUGGUAGUAGUGAUCAGCACGUAAAUUGGAAAAAGAUGCGAUUGAAGAGUCUCAUUCAGAGCCCACUCUAUUUAAAAAACAAUUCAUGUCGGUUUCAAAAGGUGUUCCAAAUACAGCAAUUACUACGAAAAGAAAAGUUAGAACAAUUCGAUUAUUCAAUGGAACAUUUCAUGAAAGACAGUUUCGCAAGAGAAGGAUUGAAUUGCAAAAAAUCAGAAGUGUUGUGA